AUGGCCUCGCAGCCCACGUGGCUGCUGCUCCUCAGCGUGGUGGCCACCUGCCUGCCGGCCGUGCAGCCCAAGGACUUCACUGUGAAGGACAUCGUCUACCUCCACCCCUCCACCACGCCGUAUCCGCAUGGAUUUAAAUGUUUCACCUGCGAAAAGGCAGCGGAUAAUUACGAAUGCAACCGAUGGGCUCCGGAUGUCUAUUGUCCAAGAGGUACAAGGUAUUGCUUUAGCCAACACCUGAUGAAAGCUACUGGAGAAAGCGUAUCCGUCACCAAACGCUGUGUGCCGCUGGAGGACUGUCUGUCUACGGGAUGCACAUAUGUAAAGCAUGAAGAGUACAAGCUCUGCACCUCCUGCUGCGAGGGCAGCAUCUGCAACCUGCCCCUGCCCAAGAACGCCAGCGAGGCCGUGUUCACCACCCUGUCCCCCCUCAGCAGCGCCCCGCACCUUCCCCAGCCCGCCCUGCUGACCACCGCUUGUCUCUGCCUGGGGCUGGUGGCGCAGCGCUGGGCCACGCUGCCACACGUGGGUCCUGGCAGCUGA